AUGCCAAUCAAAGACUAUUUCAAUCCAGAACUGCUACUUGGCUUAUAUCCAACUCUUUUCCCCUACGGAUUUGGAGCACCUCAAGAUUCAUCAAGACCAGUUUCAGUGUCAUUGGAGCAGCACAUUCGCUAUUUAUUAGCAUAUGAUGAUCAACGCUUUGAGAAACAUCAUUCAUUUAUGUUUGUUCUUUUCAAUAUAAUGCAACGGCGACAAGCAUGCUGGAAUGCAACUCUUAUGGCUUCUCGACCUUAUUUUCAAGAUGCUGCGAACGAUCUUCAAACGCUAACGAGUAAAGAAAUUGAGGCUGCACUAAUAACUAUCAACAAAAAGACGUUCUCUUCCGUUGACAAUCCACGAAUUAAUAUGCUUAUGAGACAAAUCAAAACGGUGGGUGGAAAUGUCAUGGGUUCGGCUUAUUCUCGAGCUGCUCUUCGAAAUCAGAUCCAUGGUCUGAUAUUCAACCAAGGUUUACCUAGCAUAUUCAUGACAAUAAAUUCUGCCGACAUUCACAGUCGAGUUGCUCUCUAUUUUGCCGGCGUCGAUCUUGAUCUUGAUACAAUUAUACCAGAAAAAAUUCCAUCAACAUACGAACGUGCUCAAAUUAUAGCUUCACAUCCUGCAGCUACAGCUCGUUUUUUUAAUGUGCUUAUCUCUUCUAUUCUUAAAUGUAUGGUAGAAAAGGGCGUACUAGGACCCAUUAAGGCCUACUUUGGUACAGUUGAAAACCAAGGUAGAGGUUCAUUGCAUUUACAUAUUCUCAUAUGGCUUGCUCACGAUCUGACGCCGUCACAGUUAAAAGAAUCGGUUCAAAAUGAAGAGUUUCGACGUGGUCUUCUUAACUAUUUAGAAGAUAUUAUCAAACAAGAUCUUAGUGACUUUUGUGACAAUACGUCGGAAGCCAAUGUUCUCGGCCGACAACAAUCUUCACGUUCAGACGAUGCUUGUUAUGAAGAUCCAACGCCGACGGACAUACACUUAAGUACAACUAACAAAAUAUUAAAAGCAGUUCAGUCUUUUGAAAAGCAGAAACUUAAUAUGGAUGCAGCUGUUAAUGCCGAGGAGAAAUCACGUCGACUUGUCUUGCGUUGCUACAACACACUUGCUUCACAGCAAGAAUUAUCUGGUGUGCAAGUGGCUUCUUAUCUGAUGGGCUGGCCUGAUCAUUAUGCAACGCAUGACUUUGUCAAUCUAUUUCUCAUUGGUAUCGAGAAUUAUUUACAAUCUAUGCUAUCAGAAGCUAAACUCAAACAACAGCGCCAAACAAUAAGUACGGCAGAUAUUGACAAUGACGAAAACUGCGUCGAAACAGAAGAACAAUUUUUACUUCAACCUGCGGAGACUAACAGUAAAUAUGUAUAUGUAAACACCAGAGUAGACUAUCAAUAUCGUUCAACAGCACUUGACAAUAUAUGUCUAUAUGAUUAUAUCUGCUUAUAUCGCAAAAAAUCUAUUGAUGCAAACGAUCGAAAGCAAUUAAAAGCUCAAUCAGAAUCAAGAAGUAUUCACUUAAAAAAAUCACAACGCGGUCGGCCAUCUUCUGGAAGAGAAGUGUUCCAAGUUGGGCAUCCACAAUCUGCGUCACAUAUAAACAUAGAGCGCAUGAAAUCAGUCGUACCAAUUUUGCUAGGUCCGCCAAUACCUCGCAAAGACCGAGACGAUACAAGGGAACGUUAUUAUCGAUGCAUAUCUACUCUCUUUCUCCCCUGGCGAACAUUUCAAGACGUAUGCAAUGUUGAAGAGACAUGGGAAGAGGCAUUUAAUAGUCGUCAAACACGAAUUCUACCAACAUCAUGGAAAAUCAUCAAUAACAUACAGUCACUCCAGGAAUGUAAAAAUGAUCGCGAUGAGCAUUUGCAGCAGGUAAUUGAAGCUGCACAAACUGAGACUGGUGGUCAUGAACACUAUCCUCAACACAGAGAUAGUGAUAGCGACGAUGAAAACAAUGAAAUUUUUGAUGUAUUGGAAGCUAUUGAUAUAACUGGCGUUCCUAGUCUGAAUAGCAAUACAAGUAGAGUAGAACAAAUAUACUUUGAAAGAGUAGUACAAGCAGCCGAUCAAGCCAAUCGAUUUGCCAAUAUUCGAACUUCAUUUAUGGGAUCGACAAAUCGUCUAAAAUAUUCGUCCAAAUUGAAUAAGCAAAUUAUUUCUGAUCAUAAACAUCUAGUACCAGCAACCAGUGAACUAGUUCAAUUAAAUAACAGAUGGCAACGUACAAUUAAAGAAGAAAAAGAUCGAAUACGGAACGCUUGUAUAGGUGAACAACUGCAUGACGACCUCAUCGAGAACAAUGGCAAUGACGAAAAUGAACUGGCUCAAACUACUGAUCAUAGUUUACCAUCAAAUUUUGAUAGUAAUGAGGAGGUCUCGAACUCAAAAUAUAUUAUGCCAGUCACCAAAAUCGCCGUACCAAAUGAAAUAACACGAGAAAGUAUAGCGACACAAUACACACUGAACACGAAUCAAAAGGCUGCAUUUAUGAUUAUUACUGGUCAUUUGGAUGGGCUAGAUAAGCUAAACGAAGAUGACAAACAAGAUCAACUAAUUAUGUGUGUCCCAGGUUGUGGUGGCACAGGAAAGUCUCAGCUGAUUCGUGCUGUAACUGCAUAUUUUACAGAAACAAAUCGCGCACUUAAAUUGAGAAAACUUGCACCAACAUCAGUUGCGGCCGCAGAGAUUGAAGGUAUGACAAUUCAUUCCUUCCUUGGUGAAGGACGAAAUAGAAAAAGAAAUCAAAAACUAUGA